GGCAUGUUACUGUUAGGAUCCCACGUUGGUUUAUUUAAGUGUCGGAGUUGAGCUGUCGUCUGCAGUCUGAAUAGAGCGCUUGUGAUAGGAAUUUGGAUUAGUUGUUGUUGCGAUUGUUGUUUUCUGGUAUCAUAUCGUCUUGGAUAUUUGGUCGUUCUGCAUAAAAAGAAGAUGCCGUCUGUAGUCGUAUUUCUGGUGGUAGCUGUUAUUCUGUGCGGCGCGGCCGCCUCCACCCCAAGUUGUCCCAGCAUGCACUUUUUUGUGCAAGAGGAGGGUUGCCGGAAAUGCUCCGAAUGCUCCGAGGGUCAGGUUAUGUUGCGCCCGUGUUACGGCGACAGGGACACGACGUGUGGACUUUUCCCCUGGUCCGAGUUCAAGGGCAAGCCCGUCACCUCCGACGAGUCUUCAACGCCCACGCCCAAGACCCCUAGCAACGACGAGACGCUGGUGUGGCCGGAAAAAACUGAAGGCGACCGCUGGUUCACCAUCACCAUGGUGCUCGUCGUCAUCCUCGUAAUCGCCAUGGUCGGUGGCAUCGUCGCACUGCUCGUCCUCUGUUACGUCUGCCGGCAAAGGAAGCUGCGGGCGAUAACGGAAGAGUCGGCAUGCGUAGAGGAACCUCUUACCAAGCAGAUCUCGUGUGAGCAGUUCACGUUAGUGCGCGAGACGUGAAGGAGUGACGUCACUUCUAUUUAAAGUAUUUUCGUCUGCUUCGGACGUAUUCGUCUCAACAACGUCAUCAGGAAAACGGUCCACGUGAUCAGAGCAAAGGCCCCUGCUGUUAAAUAUAAUACUGUUUGAAAUGUAAAAAAUCAAUAUAGGUAUUGUGCUAUUGUUUUGUGAGAAAAACAUGGAUUUAUAUGCUUUAAAGACUUUCAAUUAUGUUGCAAAUCAAUGUUAUGUUAUUACAGUAGUCAUGUUUAUUUGAUUGCAAUUAAUUGUCUCUAUACGCAACAGACAGGGGUACGAAAUACCCUAGUUCAUUUGUUUAUGAAUUGUUUGGUUUAUGCCGACUGAAGAAACAUUCACUGUUUUAUUGAGUAAAUUUAUUUCAUUGUCCGUUUUUCAAUGAUGUUUUUGUUCGUGGCUGUGCAUAUCUUUGUUAAGUAUUAUUUAUUUGGGACCAAAUUCCAUGUUUAUGCAGUGCGAUGUCUGUCUGUUUCUGUAUGUAACGUACAUGAAAACCGACUAGAACAGUAAAAUAAGAAAUAUUACACUAGGAGUAUAAAUUUCAGUGAAUGCUUGUAUACUUUGUAUAAUUAUGUGUGAUUAUUGUAGAAAUUCCACUUGUAGUUCUUUAUUCAAGCUCCCACUGUUUUCCGUUCGCCUGUGUUCAUCAAUUCAUUCCAAUCUUAUCCCCCUCCCCACUCCCAUCAUUUCUGUGUAUAAUUCAUGAUGUGUACAUAUUAUUGCCAGAAGUUGUUACAUGGUAUUUAUGUGAAGUGUAAAUAUAUGAGAAACCAUGGACAUAUGUACUGUUAUAUUUAAUUUAUUGUUACUAUUGUUAUUUACUGAGAAAUGAGAAUAAAACGUAAAAUGAUA